AUGAGUCACGAUGAGUCUUCUAUCAACGGCCAAUCAGAGAAACAGCAACGGUGGGGGGUCCGUUGCAUCCAAGUGUUCGAUGGUCCGCCUAAGCCCCCCUCCGCCCUCCAAGCCCCCUUGGCUACCGGAUAUAACACGACCACCCCCCUCGUUCCAACGUUUCUUCCUCAGGACACCACUCCUCGGGCCUUUGUGACCGAGUUCAACCCAUCUCCUCCAAGUCCCCUAGGACUCCCGGGCUACACUUUCAAGAACUCAACACGUGCACCAGCGUCGCGGCCAUUUUCCAGACCUUCGUACUCUUCUGGCAGCCUCAGCAACUCGAUCCAUCACUCAAACGGCCUCGCGGACUCUUCUCCAUGGUCUAGUCACUCUUUUAGUCAACACCAACUCCAAGACCACUCCUUCUCUUCUUUGGCACCUCCGUUGGAAUGUAUUCCUUCGGUUUCGCCCUACAGUCAAUCCUUUGAUACCUUUACCUCGCAAGAGUCGGAUCUUUGGGCAGAGCCGCAUCUGUCCAUUGCCAAUACCGACUGGAACUUUUUACCUAUCGACCCUCCUGCGCUUUAUACCUCCGGCUUUGACAGUGUUCAUGUGACCGUCAACGACGGGGAUUACGGUGUACCCUCUACCUUCGGUUCGCUUUCGGAGUCGGGAUCCAACGAGCCUCGACCUCUUCCCCCUUCCCUCAUUCCCAGUCCGUCCAAUUCUCAGGACGGAUACUCGCAUGCUUCCCCCGUUUCCCAGAUUCCCGGAUCCGUCUCAACAUCUCUAUCUAGCCCUGCCACUUCACAGGGUGACGACGUCCUGACCCGCGUGGACUCAUCUCGCGUUGAAAAACGGAGAAUGAACACACUCGCGGCGCGGAGAUGUCGCCAGAGACGGGUUGACCGGAUGAAGAGUCUUGAAGAUGAAUUGGAGGCUAUGCGGAGGGAGAGGGAUGAGUUGAGACUCAAGGUAUCCAAGUUGGAAGGUGAAACGGAGGCUCUUAAGGGGCUUCUGACUCGAAAGAGCAAAUGA